UCCAAUUUUUCCUUGCCCUAAAAACUCCCCCUUUUCUCUUCAGCCGCAACACUUUACUUUCAUCUAUAAAUCCAUAAAUUAUCCACUUUUUUCCACUCAAAUCGCCUUAAAUCAGCUCAAUUUAGCUUUUUCACGGCUGAAAUCUGAUCAAUUUGAAGUUUUUUCGACGAAAAAUGAUGAGUUUGAGAGUUUUUGUGAGGGUUUUGUUUCGGUGGAGUACAGUGAGGUGAUGGAAGCUUUGAAAGGACCUGUUUUGGUUGAUGUGGAUGUGUCUAAGCUUAUGGGAUCCGAAAGUUUUAGUGGCGGUGCUCGGAAAUUGGAGAGGCCUUCUGUUGCGAUUGCGUCUUCUAUUGAAAGGAUCAGUGGUUCAGUCAGACGAAAAGAGCAAGCUUUUUGGAGUAAGAUGCCCCAGAAUGAAUUUGCUGGUCAGCAAUCCAGACAUCAUGUUGAGGAUGCUUCAGAAGACCACAGUGUCGGGAAGACAAGUACUGUUCUUCCACUGACGCUUGGGCUAGAGGCUGCACAGUCACAUCGGAACUGUGGGAAAGUGGGGAGAAAUAGUACUUCUAAUUCUAAGAGAUCAAGGAUAAUGCAGAUGGAUGCUUCUGUAAAUAAAACCGGUGAAGACGGAAAAGGCAUUUCUACUGAGAUUUCUGCAAAUCUUACAAAUUGCAAAAAUGGAGAGAGGACUCAAAUGCUUAAGCAAAGGCAGAAUUCUAGUGGCAAGAGAAGUGAUAAAAGAAAUGGCAAAGUUACCAAAAGUAAUUUCUCUCUAAAGAGUUUGGUUGGCUUCGGUUCAGCUGCUGGAGGAAGAAACUUUCUUGGAAUGUAUGGCUUGAAAUCUGAUGUCAUGGAUGUCACUAAAGAUGUAGAUGAUCUGCCUUUGAGGGAACUACUUGAUGGAACUUAUAAGUGUGCACCUUCUCCCAAAGAUAGGAGAAACAAUGCGUCAAAUUCAAGUGACAGUCUCAUGCAGUUGAUUAGUAAUGCUAACUCUGUACUUCGAUGUCAGAAGUCUGUACAGAUGCAGAAUUGUUCUAAUGUUGAUAGCAAGCUCUCUUGUCGAAAUGAUGGAGACAAGGGAGAGACCAGGACAGAGAACCUGUCUUCUUCUGAUCAGGUACAGGAAUACAGUUCCAAGGUUCAAUCAGUUCCGACAAUGUGUCAUGCUCCAUUGUAUACACCAAAGGAUGUGUUGGAGCGCCUUGCGCUUGCACCAUCCAAGGAUUUGGAUUCUUUACUUGCGGAUACAGUCAAGUUUGCAUCUUCAAGAAAUAGCAGUGAUCUUCGACUAAGCAAGCCAUUAUCUCAGCGAAAUGGCUUGCCUCCUUUUUCUUGGUCACAUCCGUGCUCUGGGCAUCCUAAAACUGUUCCUGAUUCAGCUAAAUUAUCUACAAAUAAGAUGGUUUGUCAAGGUAGAUGGGUAAGAGUGGAAAACACUUCGACUCCUCUGAAAGGUUCUACUGGUUUCCUUGAGGAACUGCAAGCACUCACUGACAUUCACAAACUAGUUCCAACAGGAGUUCAAGUGUCUGGACCUUUAAAAAAUGAAAAUGCUUCAACAAACCGUGAUAGCCUUACUACAUGUGAAAGGAUUUCAUCAUCACUAGCAGCCAGCAACACAGUUUCACCAGGGGUAUUGGCUGCUGCCGAGACGCUUUGCAUGAUUGCUACAGAUUCGACGCCUUGCAAGAUUGCUACACAUUCAUUGAAGCAGAACACUGAGGUGACAACCAAAUCGCUGAAGAAACCUUCUCAGAAGGGCGGCGGCGGCAUGAGAGCAUGUAAAUUGACUGAGAAAUCUGAAAAUCAAUUCAUAGCACCAAAACCAGUGGUGGUGUCAAAUAGUCUGGCUGAAAUUGCUGAUGGGAUACUUCCAUCGAAGAAGCUUCGUCUUUCAGUUAACUUCAAAAAGCCUGAUAGGAAAGGACCGGUACCUUGUUCAGCUGAAUCAAUAAGAUCAACUCCUGUCAAAUCUUCUAAGGAAUCUGACGGUUUCAGUAACAGCUUUGUAAAUAAACCAUGUACGACGUCCCCAUAUACAAGGGUGAUGGAUAAGGCUUAUAGUAGUAGCGACCAGAAGCCGAGGAAGGUAGCCAAUGGAGCGGAGCCAAGGAGAUGACAGAAUGUUGAAGAGCGAACUCAUUAUGCAGUGAAUCAGACAAGAACUCUUACUGUUGCAUUUGUCUAUUCCUUCUAACUGCUGUUAGACAUGCAAAAUAUGGUAGAAUUUGUAUAGCCUGUCACAUGGAAGAAAUGAAUGUUGUAAUCUUAUGCUGGGCUGGGUUUAGGGUUUAGACUUGGGAUCAUUGUGCUUGUACCAUUACAUGUUACAUGGAUGCCAGAUACAUCGAUACGCUUUCAGCAUUGCCUCAGUGUACAUCAUUGAUGAGGCAAUAUGGUAGAAAAGUUCUCUAUGUAGUCUCUGGUAUUCCGGAGGUAUUCGUUACGUGUGUGUAAAUGUAUUCAUUAUGUGAUAUCUGUGGUCAGGACAUUUUCAUACUCAUUCUGUGUGAGUGUGUUGUAGGUUCUUAUAGCUCAUCUUAUUGCGUCUUUUCUC